UUUAUCUUCCAUCCUAUCAUCAUGGCAAAAUCAAAUCAACAUAAACAUGGGCCUUUUAAACAGGUUAAUAAGAAGCACAAAAUCAGAUUUGGUAAAAAUAAAGAUAAAAAGAAAUCAGGAAAAUUUGAAGAUAUUUCACAAAACACUAAAAAAUCAAAAAAGUUGCAAACUCGAUUAGAUAAAAUGAAUCAAAAAAAUCAAAUUCGAAAAAAUAAGUUACUAAUAAUGAAAAAUGAAAAGUCUAAUUACAUUGGCAAAGAUGUUAUAUGUCCAAUAUAUAUUACAGUUAUUCCAUUGUAUAAUACCCAAAAUAAUAUCCAAGUAACUUCAAUUAUUUCAAAAUUAUUAAAUUUUCAAGAUGAUGACCAUGUUAAAAUUUUAAAAACACAAAAGGGAUUACAUUAUAUAAACUAUAGUAAACUGAAAUCGAAAUUCUGCCUUCAAUUUUUAUCUAAUACAGAUAAAGGCUUAUCUAACUUAUUUCAUUCACUUGAUUUGGCAAAAAUAUCAGAUGUCCUUUUAUUCUUACUACCCCCUGUCAGAAAAAAUAUACAAUCUGUUAUAAAUGACACUGACACCAAUUUAUUGGAAUGUAUAAUAUCGCAAGGCUUGCCAAAUUCUUAUUUUAUAUAUGAUAAUGAUGAAAAUGAUGACGCACUAUCAUAUAAAUCUUCUUCCUAUAUAGACAGCUACAAAAAAGGUUUUGCUAAAUUGUACCAUGAAAUGCUACACAAAUACGUCCCAAAUCCAGAAAUAUUACAUGCCAGUAAAAUAUGCUCGGACUCAUUUCUUCGACAAAUAGCAUAUCAAAAACGUAAAACCGUGCAUUGGUUGAGCGAGAGGCCUCUCAUGAUGGCAGAUCACAUUCAAAUCAUUCAAAAUCAUGACACAGAAACUGCCACUGUAAAACUAUCUGGUUUCUUGAAAAAUAUGGAAAAACCAUUCGUGGCAGAUCAAUUGGUUCAUAUUCCCACUUGGGUAUCUCAGGAUUCGUUACAAGGGGAUUUCAGAAUCGGCCAAGUCGAUCACAUCUCCCCUGAUCCUUAUUUCGACAAUAACAACAACGAUACUAAAAAUAAAAUUCGUAAAAAUUCGGUGGGCCUGAGUGAUACCAUGGAAAUCGCAGAUAUGCCUACACAAUUAAAUGGAAAAGAAGGGAAUAUAAUAGCUUACGAUGAGAUCGCCAUGAUAAAAUUAUUGGAACGGAUUAAAAUUAUUGGCAAAUCCGAUCAAGUCAAACGAAGCUUAUUUUAUAAUACACCGCAGAAACAAGAUGAACUCAUGGAGGAAAAAACAAAUGAAGAUGAGAUUAUCGAAGAUGACCAAAGCACGAUAAUUUCUAAUGGCCAGCCUAAUACUCUCAUCACUGAUGCGGAAAUUGUUAAAAAGAGCGUCACAUUCAACGAUGAAAUGCUAGAAGAGAUCGAUAGCCAAAUAAAUCACGAAAAUGGAAAGAUGGAAGGCACAAACGAAGACGCGAUUAGUUUGAAUGGCGAGAGUUUUGAUAUUAACCCUAGCAUGCAAGCCAGGGUCCGCUUGUCAAAGUACAGGGGUUUGAAAAGCUUCAAGGAGAGUUCCUGGCAAUUUUCGGACUCCUAUCCCGAAGCCUUUGAGCAUCUCACGGAAUUCGAAAAUUUGAAAAGAUCUACUUCUCAUGGCAAACGUUUUAUGGAGGAGCAGUGGAAGGAUAUGUUGAGUAAAUGUGGGGAUUUAAAACUUGGCGAAGAACAUGGACAAACGAACGAUAAAAAUAUCAGAACAUCAAGCAACAAUAGUCUAUGCAAUCUCAACCCCUUGACUUCCUGUUAUUUUACUUUGACUCUUCCAGAAGUCCCCUUAAAUAUUUGUGAAGCAUAUCAAACUCGGGUCGGUCCUUUGAUCCUUUUCGGAUUAUUGCCUUACGAACAAAACUUUUCCAUGCUCAAUUUCGCUAUUCGUAAAUCCUUCGCUUCCACCUCUCGUCACUCCAACCUAAGCACAAGUUCCGGCUCAAUUACCGAUUUACUGGCCUUGGGUGAAGAUGUCCUCAAACAACCAUGUAAAAUAAAGUCGAAAUCUAAAUUGUUAUUCCAAGUCGGUUUUAGAAGAUUUUAUAACGAACCCAUAUUUUCUGAUCACACCCUCAACAUCGAUAAGCAUAAAUUCGAGAGGUAUUACAAGUUGGACAAUAAUGACAAUUAUAUAUGCAGCAUGCUCACAAACAUAUUCAUGACAAACGUGCCCAUCUUAGUUUUUAAACCACCUUCAAAAUCAGACAACAUAUCUAGCGAUAACUUAUUGGCCCAAGGUUCUUUGUUCAAUAUAGAUCCCAAAAGGAUAAUAGUUAAGAGGGCUAUUAUAAGCGGGCAAGCUUACAAAAUCAAUGGACACUCUGUUACAAUUAGAAACAUGUUUUACAAUACAGAUGAUAUCAAUUGGUUCAAAUCCGUGCAAUUGAGAACUAAGCUCGGAAGAAUUGGUCACAUUAAAGAACCCGUUGGUACUCAUGGCCAUAUGAAAUGUGUUUUCAACGCGACAUUGAAAUCUUUCGAUACCAUCUACCUAUACUUAUAUAAAAGGAUCUUUCCAAAAUGGAAGCAACAUAAUUUUUUUGCCUAAAAGAAUCUAAAAAUUAUUUUACUUUAUGACAUCUUUGUUUUAUUGAAGGAAUAUUAUA